CACCAGAUGUCCAUCCCUUUUUUCCUCAUAUCCUUUCCCAUCAUAUAUGACACAAAAACAAAAACCUAAACCUUAAACCAGACAGUCUUAAACUUAGUCCUUCACUGCCUCCGUAAUGUCUCAAGCUAUUCGCGAGCGUGUUCCAAACGACGUCGUGGCAGACAUCCUGGGUGGUCUACCAGUGAAAUCCUUAAUCCGAUUCAGCUGCGUUUCGAAAUUUUUGAACUCCAUUAUCAGCGACCCAACCUUCAUUUCCACACACUUCAAGCUCAACCUAAACCAACCCAAAUCAUCAAUAUCCCCAAACACUCAGCCUGGUUAUUAUCUGCUAUAUAAGACUUCAUCUUCCAAAGAAUUGUGUACGGUUUUUUGCAAUAACGACGACUACACAUUGACCCAGAUUUCCAGGUUUGAAAUCCCCAAUGUUUUUGACAAGUGCAGCGAAGUUGUUGGUUUCUGUAAUGGAAUUUUCUGCCUAGCUAGUUUUGACAAAGAUCUUCAUCAUAUAUCAUAUUUGUGGAACCCAAGCAUUGGAAUGUUUAAGAAGCUUCUAGCUACUCGCUUGACCGGCGAGGAUUUUAGGAUUGUUGUUUUUGGACUUGCAUAUGAUUGUCAAAACAAUGAUUUCAAGGUUUUGAGGCUUGUGGGCUUUUUUGGAAGAGAAGCUGAGGCUGAGAUUUACAGCUUGAGGAUGGGUUCCUGGACAAAGGUUGUAAUAUCGAUGGAGUCGUUAAGAGGCUAUGAACCCAACAUUGGAACCAUUGUUGAUGUUAUGCCACCCUGUGUAUUUUGUAAUGGAGCUUUGCACUGUACGGCAUUUACUCGACAAGGUCGUUUCAUUUUGUCCUUCGACGUUAGUGAUGAGAGGUUCCGUGAGAUAAUGAUGCCUCGUGAUUUUCGUGAUGGAAUCAUUGUAAUGUUUGAACAAGUUGCGGUGUUCAAGGGAUCGCUGGCUAUUAUUGUUUUCUCUCAUAAUUUUCUCAAUCUAGGCAUUCCGGGGGGUUGCUUAUGCCACAUUUGGGUUAUGGAGGAAUAUGGUGUGGCCGAUUCUUGGACUAGAAAAUUUCUGGUGCCAUUAAGUGAUUGGGUUUGGGAACCUCUUUUUUAUGGUUGCACUGACAAUGGUGAACUUUUGAUUAAGAAUGACAGUGGGCUGGUUUCAAUUGACCCCGAGAGUCGAAAUCAGAACAUUCUUGCAAUUGAAGAUUCCAAUUGGGUGGGGUUCUCGGCUAAUUCAAUGGAGAGCUUGGUUUUACUUGAUGGGGGUAAGUAAGUGUGAAAAUUAACUUUGGCUAUUAUAUCACUUUCAGUUUUUCCAUCAUCAUUGUGAAAAUUAACUUUAGCUAUUAUAUCUUAAUUUGUAAGUUUAUUUCGUUUGGAAACUAUGUGCUUUUGAUGCUGAAACUAAGGUUGUAAUUGUUUCCACCCUUGAGUUCAAGAAAUUUCUCAGUACGAAUGGGCGAAGUUAGCUGAAUUACAUUUGAGGAUUGACAGUUGGAAGCAUUUAAUUGAAGUGAAUCUUAUUGAUUUUGUUUUC